AUGGCGGCCACCGCCGCCGUCGCCGACGCAGAGACGGACGGACUGCCAAUUAGCGGGAAACAAUCGACGACGACGCAGGCAAAGAAGUCGGCAGCAGAAAGAGCUCAUAGAGCUGGAGAAGCAGUUGGAGAAGUAGCUGGAAGAGUAUUGGCCGUCCUUCUCCUGCUCGGCCUACUCAUCGUCGGCGUCGUUCGCUGGGAAAGGGAGUGGUCCCGCCCGUACGACCCCGUCGAGUACACCGUCACCAUCGCCGCCGUCUCCGGGCUCGACCCCGCCACCAAGGACCUGCCGCACCCGGCGCCGCCGGCGCUCCUCCGCAUCGACCCGGCGUGCAACCUGACCCUCGCUGUGGCGUCGCCGAGCACGGCGGCGCGCCGCGAGUGCGUGCAGGCCGGCACCACCGUGGAGGUGUCGUACCUCCGGUCCGGGGUGCCGCUGGCCACGGGCCCCGCGCCCGCGUUCUGCGUGGAGGUCGGGGAGCGGGAGGAAGGCUCCGUCGUCGCGUGGGGCGACGGUGUGCGCCUGCCCGGGUUCGUGCUGGACAGCCUCGCCGCGGACGUGCUCCGCGGGGCGCCGGAGUUCGGCGUCAAGCUCACCCCGCCGAUCCCGUACUGUGCCAGCCGUCCGAUGUUCUGCUCCACCACCGUGGAUGUCAUCUCGUGCUGGGCUAAGGCCGGCGGCGGUCCGGCUCCGUGUAGUGUCUCCAGAGAAACAGUACAGUCUCCUUUCCGCCGCUGCCACGGCCCGGCAGGGAGAGGGACUACUUGGAGGCUAAUCUUCCACAGCCAACGCAAGAACUCAGCGAUACGAGCUAGCCUGAUGCUUGCAAGGCACGGAUUCUCGACACUUGUGUGA